CGUUUCAGCCACUUUUUCGUGCCACCGAGCUGCCACCGAUGUCGUUCGCGUCCCGCGUCCUUCCGUUCCUGCAGUCCGAGCACCAGCGCCACGCCGCCGCCAUCCGCGCCUCCAUGGAGGCCAUGCGCCGCUAUGCGCCGCUCACGCCGGCCCAGAUCCAGCGCCUCGAGGCCGCCGGCAACCGCGCCGAGUCGUGGGCGACCGUGCACACGAGCAGCCCAUCCCUCGCGCAUCUCGACCGCAUCCGCAACUGCUCGUUCCGCGGCCACGUCUACUUUGAAACGUUUGCCAAGAACACGGUGGUUGAAGGCGUGCCCUUUCCGAGCGGCCUCUACAACAGCACGCUCAGCGACGCGUUCAUUGCCGCCGACGCGCUCGUCCACGACACGUUCCUUCUCCACGGCACGUACGUUGCAUCGGGUGCGAGCGUCGUCGGGUGCGGUACGAUCACCGUCUCGGCGGCGCCGAUCUACGGCAACAACAACCCGCUCAAGGUUGGCGUCGAGAUUGGCGGCCGCGAGAUCCACGCCUUCGCCGACCUUCCGUUUGACCUCGCGGUUACGGUUGGCCAGAACCGGUCGGAUAGCACCGAGCUCGCCGCGUACGCUGCCAACGUGGCGACCUACACGGCAGCGAUCACCUGCGCCGUCAACGUCAUUGGCGCCGACGCCCAAGUGCUGCGCUGCGCCAAGCUCCACGACGUCUUUGCCGGCGACUUUGCCGUUUUGCAAGAUUCGAUCGUGCUCAACUCGACCGUGCUGUCGUCCAACGCGGAGCGCAGUCGCAUCACGGGCUUCUCGCACGUGACCGACUCGAUCCUGCAGUGGCACGCCGUCGUCGAAGGCGGCAGCAGCGUUGAGCGCGCCUUCCUCUGCGAGUACUCGCACGUCGAGCGCCAUGGCAUCGUCAUGGACUCGCUCCUCGGCCCCAACACGUCAAUCGCCGAAGGCGAGGUGACGUCCAGCUUCCUCGGGCCCUUUGUGGGCUUUCACCAUCAAGCCAUGAUCAUUGCGUCCUUCUGGCCCGAAGGCAAGGGCAACAUUGGGUAUGGCGCCAACGUCGGCAGCAACCAUACGCUCAAGGCGCCGGACCAAGAGCUCUGGCCGGGCGAAGGCGUCUUUUACGGCCUCAGCGUCUCGGUCAAGUUCCCGAGUAACUUUACGCACGCGCCGUACUCGGUGCUCGCGACGGGUGUCAACACGCUACCGCAGCGGCUCGAGAUGCCAUUUGCGCUCGUCAACCUGCCAGGCCACAACAUUCCGGCCUUGUCGCCGGCGGUCAACGAGAUCUUUCCCGGGUGGGUCCUGGGCAGCAGCAUCUUCACGGUACUCCGCAACAUGGACAAGUUUGAGAAGCGCAACCGCGCAACACGCACGAUCAUCGAGCACGAAAUCUUCCGCCCCGAGAUUGUUCGCAUGAUGCAAGUGGCGCUUGAGCGCUUGGCGUCGCCCAAGGACACGUCGCUCACGCUCGGAACGCAAAAGAUCUACACCGACAAGCAGGUGCCUGGCCUUGGCAAGAACUACAUGACGGAAGCCUCGCGCGUCGCGGGCAUUCGAGCGUACACGUUUUUCAUUCGCUUUUACGCACUCAACGGCUUUUACACGGCCUUGCGCACCGGCACGCAGCCCCUCGAGUCGCUCUUGGCAGCCUCGCCAAGCUCGGCACGGUGGGCGCAUGAGCGCAGCAUUCUGUUGGCGGCGACGCCGGACGCAAGCGGCGCCGACCUCCUCCGGGAGCUCGUGGCGGCGUACAAGAGCGUGGCCAAAGACGCUGAAGUCGGCAAGGCCCGGGACGACAAGCGUGGGCAGCAGAUCAUCCCCGACUACAACCAUGUGCACAAGAAGGCGUCCGAAGAACGCAUCGUCUUGGACGCGCAGCGCCGCGCGGCCGAGAUGGAAGCUGCGGUCGCCACGUACCUUCCGCGCCUCUGA